UCGUGCAGUUCGAACUGUCAAAUAAACUUUAUGUGAAUGUUUGAGAAUGUCGCAACAUUUGUAUAUACUGUGUAACAUUUUCUGUCACAAAACGUUGUAAUAUUUGGCGGGACGGGACGCGGCAGGUACGCUAGAGGUUAAAGCGAAUGAUUUACUGUGAAUUAUUAGAAUCAAAUAUAAGUUUCAGCUCGCGUUUACAAAACAAUUACUAGUGUGGCUGCUUUAUGUCAGCUGAUCAGAAUGAAGCUUCACUUGCAUUUGCUUCUAUUGACCCUUAUAAUUAAUUGUGAGGAAGGUUAUGCGGGAUUAGAUAUGACCGAUGCUGUAUGUUGACAUGCUUGUCAUUCAAGACAUGUCUUUCAAGAUUUUGUGGAGGUUGCAUCAGUCUCUGAAAAGGACGCAAGGCGGCGGGUUUGCUCUCAGGACACUAAGUGGAUUAAAUGGUGUCAACAGGUUAAACUACUCCACACUGGCAUCCCGCGCAUCUGCGCAAAACCUCCUCAAAGACAGCAUUUCACACAACCACGGGUGCUUUUUGCAGAGAGGAGUGUGUCGUUUUGAAAUGCUGACUCCAAUGAAUUUAAAAUCCAAAACAUGGAGUUUACAAAUGAGAUUGCAGUCCACAACAACUACCACAAAGUCUGUGCUGAAACAAGGAGGCAUGCCCGGAAAAAGGACUUUUAAGGGACCGAGAACCAAACAGCCUUCAAGGACCAGUCAGCCCAGCCUAGAGGAGGACAAAAUGCAGUGCAUUGCAUACGCAACUGCAGAUCAGUAUCAUUUACCAACACUGUGUCACGAUCUCAUCGCUAAUGGCUUCAUUGAAAUCCAAGAAUUUCCCAGAGAUGCUUCUAAUAUUCUGGUGAUGGGGACAGAUAAUGCUGCAAAACCUUAUGAUAGUGGCACAAUAUUCAUCUUCAGAGAAGGCUCUGUGGUGUUCUGGAAUGUUGAAGAAAAAACUAUGAAGACGGUGAUGAGGAUACUGGAGCAGCAUGAAAUUCAACCCUAUGAAGUCGCCCUAGUCCACUGGGAAAAUGAAGAAAUCAAUUAUACUGUAGGACAGGGUCAUUCAAAGCUCCACGAUGGGAUUUUCUUGUUUAACGAAGAGCUGGAUUACGAUCAGGUCGUCCUGGAGAAGUUCGCAUUUUCCAAUGCUUUAUCUCUGUCAGUAAAACUAGCAAUAUGGGAGGUCUCUCUCGACAACUUUGUUGAGUCCAUCCAGUCAAUUCCCGAGAUGCUAAAAUCUGGACAAAGAGUGAAACUGUCCAGAGCUGAAGUUAUGCAGAAGAUAGGCGAGCUCUUUUCCUUGAGGCACUGCAUAAACCUCGGCUCUGACUUGCUGAUCACACCCGAUUUCUACUGGGACCGAGAAGGUCUCGAGCAGCUCUAUGACAAGACCUGUCAGUUUCUCAACAUCAACCGGAGAGUUAAGGUUGUGAACGAGAAGUUACAACACUGCACCGAGCUAACAGACCUGAUGAGGAAUCACCUCAGCGAGAAACACAGUCUCAGGCUGGAGUGGAUGAUCGUCGUACUGAUUGCUAUUGAGGUGAUGUUUGAACUUGCACGUGUAAUCUUCUGAGGACCCACAGAGACGGUCUUACAGUGGCACAGUGACUUUGUAAACCAGCAAAUCAUUUCAUUGUCUGUAGAUGAAGUUCUCCUUGAUAAGUCAUCUUAUCUUUUCCUGUUCUUAAUAUGACACUGACCUGAAAUAAAGUUGUUUUUUUCUGUUUGUUUCUGAAUGUGUGUCCUCAAUAACUACUCCUGCUGUAAAAUCCAGACUAAGCAGCGUCCUCGCAGUUGAUUGAUCGAUCAGACUCUAGUGAUUGACAGCCGGUCGAUGCGGCGCGCGCUCGCGUCAUGUGAUUCAAAGCCUCCGGAAAACGGCAGCGGGUCACAGACUGAACUCGUACUGCUCGGUGGAGAGCUUUCCUCCGCUUCAGCGAGCAAACCGAACUGAAAACGACGCCGAAGUCCGUCGAGAAAGAGCAGACGGU